ACGUCCACUUGUUAUAUACAGUCUUAUGAUAUUACCACAACUUUUUUUACUGUUUACUGUAGCGGCCAUCAUGGAUUUUGAGGUCUGGGUUGGUGAGAGUUUGUCCGACUUUCCGAGUUUAAGAAUUUAUGAUCGAUAUUGUGUUAAUUUCUCAAUGAAUACCACAGUUCAAUACCACACUUGCUGUCUAUGGGAUGAUACUAACCUAAAAUGCUAAAAUCUAAUUUCUGAAAGUCAUCUCUGCAUCCUUAUGCGUUUUCCUUGCAGAUACACCUAUGGGAAACCUGUUGUUGGUUCAGUCAAGGCAGUGUUUUGUAGAAAAGCCGUCCAGUUAUACUGGUAUUUAUCUGACCAAGAAAAGGACCUGUGCAAGACGUAUGAAAUGACGACGGAUAAAAGUGGUUGUGCCACACAAACUGUGAACAUGACAGAGUUUUCCCUCAACAAGCACAUGUAUGAGGAGAACUAUGAGGUGAUUGCUGAAUUGGAGGAGUACGGCACAGGGGUCAUUCUUAAAGGCAGUGGGCAGACCAGCUUCAGCAAUAAGAUCCGAAAGGUCACCUUUGAGGACGUACCUGCUGCCUACAAGCCUGGCAUCCCAUUUGAGGGAAAGGUCAAAGUGAUCGGUCCAGACAAAACACCUGUCGCCAACGAGACGGUGCAUCUGUUUACCGGCAACUCUCUAAAAUUAACGCUCACUACGGACGCGAGAGGCACGGCUUCAUUUUCUUUGGACACAACCCUCUGGAAGGACACUGUGGAUAUGAAGGCGACUUCUAGCAAGGAGGAGACUGAGGAGUAUGUUGGCAAUGUGCGCAGACCGGAGUACAGUCCGGCCUUCCACAACGUCGAACCAUUUUACUCCAAGAGCAGUAGUUUUCUGAAGCUCAUGCAGGUGAGCGGGAAGUUCGCCUGUGACAAAGAUGAGACGGUGCGCGCUCAGUACAUCAUCCAGGGGGAGGAGCUAAAGAAGAACCAGGAAGUCCUCGAAUUCUUUUACCUGGUGAUGUCCAGAGGUGGAAUUGUGCAGCACGGCCGUGUCCCAGUGGCUGUUAAAGCAGGAACUGGUAAAAACUAAUGUUACUUAAACUGAAAGGAUUAGUCUGGUGAUGAACUGUAUUUCCCUCGUCAGCAAAACCCAUGAUAAGAAAACAAUCAACAAUAAAACAACUAAGGCAGCU